UUUGCAAUUACAGUCAAUUGCACACGCUAUACUAUUGCGGUUUAAAUAAAGGGGCUUGAACACAGGAAGACGAAAAGUGUCAUUUUGUCGUUGGUGUACUUUUGAAACGAAGAGAAUGUUCGGAAGACAAUGCACUGUUCCUUUUUUUGUCGUAGUUUGUGCAGUAUCAUUGGAAUCUAGUAGAACAAGUGCAAGUAAGGUUUUCUGUCAAGAUGUUCAAAGUGAGGAACGCUGUCUCAAUAUAUACAAAAACGAUCAGUCUACUUUUUGCAGGAUCUAUUCAUGUACUCCCAAUCACAAGUUUGCUUACACGAAGAAUGAUUUAGUUCGAGCAAAUGACAAAAAUAAGCCAAUAUGCGCUCAGCAGCGUUCGGAGCAAGAAUGUUCAAAUCUCUACGAGAAAGAUGCAGAAGACUAUUGCAGCGAGUACCGAUGUACUGCGAGCGGCAUACUUAUUAAGCCACAGAAUGUCUGACACUUUAGCAGCUUGUUGGCAAGCAACCUCCAAGUUUUUCAAGGAGUAUAAUCGAAGUACAUGUAAAAGUAUUAUUAAAAUGCUUUUUGUGAACCAUUGGCAA